GCGAGAGAGGCGGCGAUGGCGCCCGAGGAGCAGGAGGAGGAGGUCCCAGCUGAGAUCCGCGACUCGCUCCGCGCCUUCCAGGCGGCCGAGCGCGGCAUCGAGGCGGCGCUCGAGCCGCUCAUGUCGACCCCGCGCGUUGAAUGGCAGAACACGCUGGAUCCACUGGAGCAAGCCAAGCUGGACCUGAUGUCUGCGUAUACCCUCAACUCCAUGUUCUGGAUGUACCUGGUGUGCCAGGGCGUGAACCCUAAGAUGCACCCCAUCAAGCAGGAGAUGGACCGAAUCAAGACGCACAUGCAGCGUUUAAAGGAGAUCACCGAUAGGAAGAAGAUGGCGAAGCUGGACAAGGGCGUUGCAUCCAGAUUUGUCCGGAAUGCGCUGUGGACAGCAGAGCCUGACAGAGGUGCCACGGGCAAGGAGGCAGAGUGAACACUCGUAUCGGUCUUGGGGAACAUGACGAGGAAGACGGCACAGAACAUGGGGAGCAUGACAGAUACCACAGCUGUCUUCCAGUGGACAAGUCGCAGUGCUGGAUGUUGGUCUGAGAGAGAUGCUUCCUCUGGUUCACCCUUAAUUACUUAAUUUCCCCAAGUAUAUCAUUGCAUUUUUAGUGUUAGUAUUUGUACUGUUUCACUUUAGAAGGCCUUUGUUAAACUAUUUUAUUUUGUUCAAGCGAUUGUAUUUACACUUUAUUAAAACUCCUAAAACACAA